CCAUCCUUGCCCUCGAUUCUUCUUCGAUCAGCCUUACCAGACAGGUAUACAGCAUCCGUCCCCUGGCCAUGUCUUCCCAGAGGAGGACUAGCCACCCGCUCCGACACGGUGUGGAUCCAAUGUGGGAGGGUGACCACCCGGAGAACCAUCCCGCUUCUUGGGGGGGAGGGACCCCCUAUGAUUACAACCUGGACGAAAGGACGCUUGAUCCACGGACGCUGUCCCUGUCCAACGGCAAUCAUUCGGAACUUGGCUCUGCCCAAGGCGUCUACUCUCAGUACCAGGGUAACCCGGCCCCGGAGGCAUAGUCUCCUAGCGGUUCGCAGCUGAGUGGCUCUCAGGGGGCUUUUGUCUCCAACGGCACCAACACUCAGCUCAUGGGUUAUCCGGACGACAGGGACCAGGACGACUUGGUAGGGUUUUCGAACUUGGAUCUGACAGCUAAUACUCCCGAGAGUUACAACUCUCUCUCUGAGGCAUCGUCUAGCAUCACCGAGAGAGACAGUAACAUGGCAAAUAGUUCCGUGUCCAAGAGACGCAGGGAGGCGCGGAAGGCAUCUUCAACAUCCAAUUCGGCUUCUUCUUCCAAGACAAUCACGGGUUCGGCUUCCAAGAGGAAGAAAGGGCCAGUGACAUGCCCGGAGGAGGGUUGUGGCAAGGUCUUUGAGCUGCCAAAGGAUCUGCACAAGCAUCAAAAAAAGCACACUCUCCCUGUCCUUUGUUCCGUUGGACAUUGUCAGGAUGCUUUUCCAGGCAAAAAAGAGCUUGACCGCCACAUUCGUAUAAACCACAAGGAGCACGCAAAGAGAAUUCAACUCCCUCCUGAAGGGGGCAUCUGUCCCUGGCCGGACUGUGGGAAGUCAACUACUCGCAAUGAUAACUUCAAGCGUCAUAUGAGGGAGCAGCAUGAGGGAGUCAACCCGGACGGGACCCCAUGGGUUCUGGAGAAGUAAGGAGGCAUGGGGAAGGAGAGACGUGUGACGUGUCCAACUUGAAUUUGCUAUUUGUGCUGAGGUCCUGCUUUCUUUUGAUCUCUUUUGUCUUUC